GUUCUAGAGAUGACACAUCUCCUAGUGCUGACAGUGGUGGAACCUCUCACUUACAGCCUGAAACCUGCUCUGAUGUUGGCAUGGAGAAGACAACGUCUGUCCCGUUUAAACGCAUUCCUGAAGUCUCCAAUGUUGAUGUUAGCCUGCAGGACAGCUCAGGAGCAGAAAGCAUCCAAGCCAGCCAGGAAAACCCCUGCUGUGGGAUUAUUAGGCCUGAGGAGAAAACACCCCAAAGCUCCAGAGGUGUGAUGAAGCUGAGGAGACGGACGAAGGCUCUGAAAUCAAAGGACAGGGACUCAGUACGUGAUGGGCAUGUAAUCAGCACCGAUGAAAUGAUGAAAAACCAAAUUGCUGGUGCAGAGGAGCUCCAGUCACCAGUGUUCAGGCGCAGCAGCCUCUCACACACUGAGGAACAGGCUCAAAGGGUGUCCAGGGCAGUGCUCAUGCAGGGAGAGGGAAACAGUUUCACUCCUGGUGCAGCUUCAGGAGUUGUACAGGAUGUGCUUGAGGGCAGUGUCUCUGCAGGAGAGCCUGAGCUGUCCCUGUGUGCGCCUGAGUCCCCAAGGGCUGUGGCCACACCUGGGCCGUGUUCACAGCAUGAACACUCUGUUGUACUUGACACCAGAGGUGAUGGAGGAGAAGAAUCCCAUAGUGUCAUAGAGCAACCAGAUGGUGAGACUGUGUGUGAGGAUCAGGGAGAAUUACAUGGGCUUCUGGAUUUGAUGUCAGAGAAUGAAACAUUGCCUGAUGGAGCAGAUAACACCAUAACUGAUGAGAACAAAAGCCAUGAAGGAAAUCAAAGGGAUGCUAACACCUUACAUCCCUGUCCCGCAGCUCAUGCUCUGGGCAGUGCUGAAGGAUUAUUGGAGAAUCAGCAGCUUGAAAUUCAGUCAAGACUUCCUCCUGCCGAGCAGGCAGCAGCCCCCGAGGGUGCACUGAGCUCCUGCACAGUGGUCGAAGGGCUGCUCUUCCCCGUGGAGUACUAUGUCAGGACAACCCGGCGCAUGUCAAAUUGCCAGAGGAAGGUGGACCUGGAUGCUGUAAUCCUCAGCCAACUGGGCAGGAGCAAGAAAGGUCAGUGGAGUAAGUGCAGACAGAAAGAUGCAAGCUCAGAUCAGCCCUGCCGAGAAAGAGCUAAAGACGAUUUGGAGUCAGGGGUUGUGUUGUUCCCUUGUCUUGGGGUAGAAAAUGAUCCAGCAAACUCCAGUAGCUCUCAGAUAUCUCUUCCUGUGUCCAGUGGCAGCAGCACUUCACAUGGAUCCAUUUCCCAGAACAGCAUCACUAGCACAAGGCGAGAACAGAGGCAAUCCCAGAGGAGACAGAAGGGAAGGACAAAGUCUGCCUGCAAAGCCCCUGUGCAUCCAGUGUCACAGGAGCUCAUAGUGAACCUGGAUCUCAUAACAACCAGGGAAAGCAGUGCUCUGCUGACAAGUGAGGGCCUGAGUGAAAAGGAAAACCAUGAUGCUAACCUUGAAAAAUCAUCCUCAGAUGAGAGGUUUGCUGCAGCAGCACUAGGGUCUGGGGAGACAGGAGCGCCUGGAGCUGCACUGCCAGCGGGUCCUGAUCCUCCUCCAGGAGGGAGCCAAGUGCCAGGAAAAUGCCUUGAGACUCUUUUAGGGCCGGUUCAAAAUCCACUUCUGAGCAGUGAUUCCCUGAGCCCAGGGAAUGAACCUUUUUCCAGCCAUGUGGGAGAUCUGGAAGCCAACUCACCUGCGUGUCAGGCUGAUAAGCACCGCGCCAUCAGUGUCCCUCUGCGCCGCUCCCUGCGCUCCUCUGCGAGGCACAGAGCCCAGCAGUGCUCCAAAGAUGACAGCAACAAAGGACUGAGCUGUCCCACGGUUUCAGAGGGUCCUGCUGCUCUCUAUCUUCCUGCUGUGGACCCUGACACUCACAGCUCCCUCUUCUCCUUCCGUGGCUACCAGUGGCUGAUCCCCAGGCUGGGUAUCAGAGACUUCCACCUACCCAAUGAAGAGUUUGGAGUACUGAAACUGGAGAAACUGGAAUCUUCCCCUGUGAAGGACUUGGAGGAUUUUGUUCCCAGUGUGUCUGGGGAUGCUGUGGCUCCAGAGAACGCACAAGGUGCACAGAUUAAUCCAGAAAAAAAAAGUCUCAAAAGUAAUGUGAUUUCACCUUCCAAAAGCAGAUUCCCUGUGCUCUCUCACGUGGACAGCCCAGCUUCCAAGAAGGACCUUUCCACCCAUGAAUUGCUUUUUACCCCCAUGGGGACUGUCCUGGCUGGAGCUCCCACUCAGCCCGAGUCUCAGAUUGCCUCAUCUCUUUUCCCUGCUGUGGGUGCAACUCCAGGUGUUUUACCUUCAGUACAUGGUGAGGUGUUCCCCCACACACCAUCUGUCCCUGCCUCACACACUGGCCCACCUUCCUCUAGAGGAGCAGCUGCCCAGGCCCUGAGUGCUGUGGCAUGCAGAGACCCUGCCAUGCCACUGCACCUGCACAGCUGUGGUGUAGAGGCUGCCAGAAAAGAGGAGGAACAAGGUACAACAUUUCCUUUAGCAGCUGAAAGAGGUACUGAUAAUAAAUCUGAUGAGGAUGUGCCCUUGGAGAAGCAUCAGCAGUCAGAGAGCAAAGAGCAGGGAUCCUGCAGAGCUUCUCCUGAACAGGAAAAAGAUGUAGCAGAACAGUUGACUCCAGAGCUGCUGGAUGGCCCCAAAGAAGAGAGCCUGCAGCUCAUGUCAGAACUAAAGGAUUCCUCAGGUUCCUGUGCUGUGGAUGUGAGCACAGUGUGGUGGGAAGCAGCUGGCUGCAGGGAGCUACGUGUGGUCACUGCUUCCGAGAGCUCCGUGUCCCUCUGGGAGCCUCUGUCCCCCGACCGCUGGGGGAAGGUCUACACUUGGCAGCUGGGAGAGAUCCCUAUCAUCCAGAUUGUUCCUCUGCCAGACACCUGUAACCUUGUGUGUGUAGCACUGGGAGAGCUAGAGAUUGGAGAAAUAAGGCUCUUGCUUUAUUCCUCUGAGACUGACUCGUUCAAGCACUCCCUAGUGAGAGCUGGGAAUAUAAAAGCAGUUGUUGGGCUGAAGGACAGGAGGCUGGUGAGCAGCAGCCGGAGUGUGCAGGAGCAGCAAGUGGAGAUGGUGUCGCUCUCAGAGACAGGGGGGACCAGGGAUGGGCAGACCCUGAGACCUCCUGAAGAAACUGUUACAGCCUUUGCUGAAGUAGAAGGGAUGAGAGAAGCCUUGGUGGGCACCACUGCAGUGAACAGCGUCGUGGUUUGGAACCUGAAAACAGGACAGCUGCUGAGGAAGAUGCACGUUGGUUAUUCCUACCCUGCUUCCAUCUGCCACCGAGCCUAUUCCGACUGUGGCCUUCUGUUUGUUGUGUUAAGCCAUCCACACGCCAAAGAGAGCGAGUGCUGUGGAAACCCAGCGUUCCGCGUGGUGGCCUUCAACCCCCGCACAGGGAGGAGCACAGGGGUCAUGUUCUCCUCCCUCCCGCCCGGCCCUGCUGGAAGGUACCUGGAGGGUGAUGUUCGGGACACCGCAGCUGCCGCCGUGCUG